AUGAUUCCUCGUAAUAUUAUGGACGAAGCGUCCAAAAAUAAAGCUGACCUUCACCAACCAAAAGCGAAUAAUAAACCACAAGGACAGCAAGUUGCUGCUCUCUUAAGGGAAAAACAUGAUUACGAUUAUGAUAUUUUUGGAAGCACACGACAAGAUAUCAGUCGUUCUAAUAGUGCACCGCCAACUCAAGUAGUAGAUCAACUUGGUCGGUUUGAUCCUUCUGAACUAGAUAGUUCUUCACCUUCUGAUCCACGCUUAGACCCUGACUAUCCAGCAUAUUAUUACAUGAACUCUCGUCUUGAUCCUAGACUUCCUCCUCCUUUUCAUAAAUCAAAUAGUUCUCAAGGUCCAAAACCAAAAGUUUUAGAAAAAUUUCGUGGUAUGGAUGCGGAUGAUGAUUUUCUACGCGAACAUCCGCUGGAUCAAAGUUUAGAACCGGAAUCCCAUUCGACAAUUGGACAACAAGAUUACUCUAAUGAACCUGUUACUCAUAGUGGUCAAUAUGAACAAUUCGGAAAUCAGGGUGUUGCUAGCGCUGCUUCACUUUGGAGGUCUGAAAUAUCUUCUCCUCCUCCCCAAGGUAUGAAUAACGAUCUACAUUCUCCGAAUAAGAGAAAAAAUCUUGUAAAGAUGAUUCAAGAGGACAAAAGAAAUGACAUUCGGUUAAAUAUGGUUUCCUAUCUCCAGGAUUUUCCAAGAACUCCUUCUCCUCUUUAUUCAAAUGCUCGUCAACGUCAAGCUGCUCUAAAUGAUCCAAAUUCUACCUCUGCUGAAUUGACUAAUGAUGCAUUCGACGUUGACUUCCGUUCCGCUCUUGAACUCGAAGAGUCUCUUAAUCAUCCGAGCCAUUAUCAAAGUGGUCUACGUGUAACACCUGCUGAAGAAAGUCAUGUCAAAUCUAUGAUAUCUGGUGUUGAAGAUUUUGAUCAUCGAAUAGGUUAUGUUAGAGGUGCUUCACCACCACCCUCACUUCGCGCUAAAUUCUCUCCUCCUCCUCGUGCUUCGUCAACGCCUCCGACUCAAAAUCAUUUUCGUAAUCAUAGCCUUAAUUUCCCUCAGGAAUUUCAUGUACAAAUGAUGCGACAGCAACAAGCAAUCAAACAACAGCGCUUGAAGAUGCAAUCGCAGUACAACUCUUUAUUUAAUGAUAAUUCUUCGUCCGGUGGUGGUUAUUCUUCUCAAUACGCUCUUGAUCCUUAUUCGUCUGUAUGGGAUCCUCGUGAAGACACUAUGCUAAGUCGAAAUAUUCUUUCCUCUGACAUACCAUACUCACGUAAUAAUUCUUUAAGUCUAAGUUCUGGUCGAAACUCGAUUGAUUAUCAAAAAGCUCUUCAACAACAACAACAGCUUGGAUUAGGCGGUUCCAGUACUAUGGGCGUUAGUCGUGACCAGUUGUUAUCAUCCGAAUAUAGCUCUGGAAAAAGUAGUCCGUAUUAUGGCUCUAAUCUUAGUACUUCCGGUCUUAGCUCGGUGAGUGGUUUAGGUGGUACUUCGCUUAAUGCCCAAACUCGUGCUUCUCUAGCAGAGAAAAAUUUGCGAUUGCAAUCGCAACAGUUGUUAAUUCAACAGCAACAAUUAAAACAGCAACAAAUGAUGCUUGCUCGUGAACAAUUAUUAAGACAUCAUCAUUCUGCUGAAUAUUUGAAUGGUAUUGGUGGUUAUGGCGGUAUUUCUAGUGGCCGUCGUAGUAAUGAUUUAAGUUCGAGUAUUUCGGAUCCCGGUCAUGGUAUGCGAAGCGCCCUAUUAGAGGAAUUCAGGAAUAACAAGAAUAAAAAAUAUGAACUUAGAGAUAUUGUCGGUAACAUAGUAGAGUUCAGUGGUGAUCAGCACGGUUCGCGAUUCAUUCAACAAAAACUUGAAACCGCUAACAGUGAAGAGAAACAACUAGUUUUUGAUGAAAUUCUACCUAAUGCUCUUCAAUUGAUGACUGAUGUGUUUGGAAAUUAUGUGAUUCAAAAGUUCUUUGAACACGGUAAUCAGAUGCAAAAAACAAUAUUGGCAAAACAAAUGGAAGGUCAUGUUUUGUCUUUAGCUUUACAAAUGUAUGGAUGUCGUGUUGUUCAAAAGGCUCUAGAACAUGUUCUUACUGAGCAACAAGCUACUUUAGUUAAAGAAUUAGACGGUAAUGUUCUUAAAUGUGUCAAAGAUCAAAAUGGAAACCACGUCAUCCAGAAAGCUAUUGAACGUGUUCCUGCAGAACAUAUUCAGUUCAUCAUAAAUGCUUUCCAUGGGCAGGUAUAUAAUCUUGCAACACAUCCGUACGGUUGUCGAGUAAUUCAACGUAUGUUCGAACAUUGCACCGAUGAACAAACGAAGCCCCUACUGGAGGAACUUCAUCGAUAUACUCAAAAUUUAGUACAAGAUCAAUACGGAAAUUAUGUUAUACAACACGUUCUGGAACGUGGUAAAGCUGCUGAUAAAUCAAUGGUAGUCGCUAAAGUUCGUGGUAAUGUAUUGCAAAUGUCUAAGCAUAAAUUUGCUAGUAACGUAGUCGAAAAAUGUGUUGCAUACGGUAGUAAACGUGAUCGUCAAUUAUUGAUCGAUGAAGAUCAGUAUGCUAAUUAUGUGGUUCAAAAGAUGCUUGAUGUAGUUGAUGGUGAUCAAAGAGAUUUACUUGUUGCAAAAAUUAAACCUCAUCUACAAUCAUUAAAAAAGUAUACAUACGGAAAGCAUCUCAUUUCAAAAGUUGAAAAACUUAUGAUCCUCACAGAAAAUCAAAAGAAUCAAAACGGUGGUCUCGCUACAGAUGGCAUUUCAACUGAUGUCAUGACACCUACCAGUUCACAUACUCCUCUCGGCACGUCUAAUAAUUCCCCUGUCAUGUCUUCACCGGCAAUCGGAUCUGAUACGAAUUUACAUAUUG